UCGAUGGUUACGCGGAUUACGCGACGCUUCGAUUUGAUGACAGAAAUCGGUCUGUAUUCUCCAGGUUACAUAAAAAAUAAAGCGCUCCAAAUUAAAUAAACUCGGUCUAAAACUCAGCCAUCUUUAGUCUACAUACAAAAUAUCGCGUGCCAUAUUCUAUUUCAGUAAUUUCUCAAUUUUGUUCGUACAAUAACAAAUUUUCAACCGACAACAAGUUUUUGAGUGAUAUUUUAUCAUUGCUGGACCAAAACUUAUAAAGAGUGCUAUGAUAUCAUAAUUAUAAUGUGACUGAAAAGUAAGAGUUAAAGGUGCUGUGAAAUGAGGAUUUAUGGAAAUAAGUGUUUAAUUUAUGCGUAAGAUGCCGGGGCUCAAUCUCGAGCAAGUCGUGAACUGGUGAAAAGGAUCGACGAUGUCGAAGAAGAGGCCCUAGCAUGUUCCCUUCUGGCACUUGGAAGAUACUGGUUCUGGUUUUUACUAUUGGCAACUUGAAAGCUGUUUCGGUUGUGGACCAUCAUCCUAAUGAUGAAUAUUUGCUCGAGCACGAGGUCACUUAUCAGGAAGCCAUCAGCCAAGCAAGGAACCUCAAACUUUAUCCGGUUGGCAAGGACAGAAAAGGACCCGUUCCAGGAUGUAAGCCUUGUACUAGACAGGAGAUCACAUACUGCAAAGACGGCAGCGUCAUAGCUGAUCACUGCUGCUGUGACGGCAGCUAUAACGAAGUUUUUCCUUUUGUGGAACAUGCAUGCCGAGUUGGUCCUCAAGGAUGUAAAGUACAAGCUGGAGACUGCGCCGAGUAUUCGAGGCUUCGAGACUGCUGUUGUCAUUCCUAUUUAUCUGCUUAUUGGAAAUAUCAAGCAGGAGGUUCAACACGCAUGAAGAUUAGUAUUACAACGAUCUCAACCGUCCUCCUGAUGCUUAGAUUAUUUCGAUAAUCCUGCAAGGAUCAUUUCUGACACCAAAACUUUGUACAGCGCCAUUAAUUUUAAUAAAUUAUUUUUUCAUCGCUUCAAA